AUGUCCCUCCAAGCAAUCGUAUACGAAGACAACAAACUUUCCGUUCUGGACCAGCUUCUGCUGCCUCACGAGCACAAGUAUAUCCCUAUUAAGAGCGUUGAGGAUGCUUACUCAGUCAUUAAGAACAUGCAAGUGCGUGGUGCACCCGCAAUUGCCAUUGUCGCCGCUCUGGCCGUUGCAGUAUCCCUGGUGAAUGUGAAGACGGAUGAUUUGCGCAACUACGUGAUUGAGAGCUUUGAGCGUCUCAAGCAGUCGCGACCCACGGCUGUCAAUUUGUUCCAAAUCGCUUACAAGAUGCGCAAGCUUGCCGAAGCUUAUGAGGGCGAGGAGAUCCGCGUCGUCGUCGUAAAGGAGGCCGAGGAUUUGCUUGCUCGUGAUUUGCGCGACAACCACACGAUCGGCGAGCUGGGUAGCGAGUAUGUGCUGAAACUGGUGAACAAGCCUCGCUUGACCAUUCUCACUCACUGCAACACGGGUUCCCUGGCUACCUCUGGCUACGGAACUGCCCUCGGUAUCAUCCGUUCCUUGAACGAGAAGGGUGCUAUUGAGCGUGUAUACUGCACCGAGACGCGUCCCAACAACCAGGGCUCGCGUCUGACGGCCUAUGAACUUUUGUACGACAACAUUGCCUCUACUCUCAUUACCGACUCGACAGCCGCCUCGAUUAUGCCAAAGAUUGACGCCGUCAUUGUCGGUUGCGACCGUGUUGCCCGUAACGGUGACACCGCCAACAAGAUCGGUACCCUGAGUCUCGCCAUCCUUGCCAAGCAUUUCAACGUUCCUUUCAUUGUCGCUGGUCCCUCCUUCUCCAUCGACAUGACCCUGCCCGACGGCGAGCAAACCAAGAUUGAAGAGCGUCCCAGCCGCGAGCUCGUCAUGGUUCGUGGUCCUGUCGUGAGGGACUUCACCACUCACCAGUUCGGUGCUCGUGAGAGUGUCCACAUUGCUCCCAUUAACGUCAAGGCGUACUGUCCCGUGUUUGAUGUGACGCCUGCAGACCUGAUUUCCGCCGUUGUUACCGAAAAGGCCGUCUUUACCAAGGGCCCCAAUGGCUAUGAGUUCAAGUGGUAAGCUUCUUCCUCUUACCUGUCAUGCCAAGCUGCCCGGAAGGGCAGCGGAUCCGUCUUUCAUGUUCCAAUUUCGUAGAGCCUAGAGUGUUUCUUUUUUGGAAGCAGAACCGGUUGAUGCAGAGCCGGGGAUGUCGUAGCGACCAUCGGGAGAGACGGAGAGUGAGAGAGAAC